AUGGCCCGUGCCGUUUUCUCGUGGAGCACAUUGCCCAUACCCUGCUUGGGCCAUCGGAGCGUCCGCCAUAUCCUCUUGGGCUAUCUUGUUUUCCCUAGUGUACCGACGAGAUUUCUAGGGACCGACAGUCUAUCCCCGUUGCGGAUUAUCAUUUUGAUUUUAUUCGUUGCUGGCACCGGUCUUUGUAAUUUUGUCCAUGUGGACAAUCUUCUGCAGGCCUCACAGCGUGCUGCUCACAUCUGUCUGGUAUUGCUGAUUCCACUCUUUCUCUCGGGAGGUCGAGAAUUCCCGGCCCGUCUUCUGGGGAUUUCUCUGGAGACAUAUGGAUUUAUCCAUCGAAUGGUCGGACUGAUGUCCGUUGUUCAAGCGACGAUACAUGUGGUGAUCAUCAGCCGACACAUCAAAUUCGACGUCUCCCACCCAACUCACCUUAAUGGUCUUUUGGGAGGUUGCAUGCUGUUAUCCCUGUUGUUUCUGCCCAUGAUCAAGCGCCGGAUCUAUGAGGCUUUUCUCGUACAGCAUCUUGCCUCCGCCGUCACCGGGCUUAUUGCGAUCUGGAAGCAUAUCCAGCCGACAUCAACCCAGUCACAUUGGUGGUUCAUCUCCUGUGUUUCCGCCUUUUCAUUCACCAGCGUACUCCAGAUGAUCCGCAUCCUGUACCGCAACUUUGUGUUUGGGCGUAAAUCAGUCCGUAUGUCCGUCAAGAUUCAUGCGGAGGAUAUUGUUCAUGUCCGUCUUAGCCUUCCCCGUCCCUGGAUCGUACGUGCUGGGGAGCGGAUCAAUCUUGGAGUUCCCUCUCUGGGGGUAUUCUAUUUUUUUCAGACCCACCCGUUUACGGUCACCUGGUGGGAGGAGGACGAGCAUGGUCACGCUCUCUCUAUUGCGCUUAUGUUUCGGUCCCGAACAGGCUUUACCCGCAAACUUCGUGAAUGCACCAACCCAGACCAGGACUACUGGGCCUGGAUUGACGGGCCGUUUGGGCCAUCUCUCGUCCAGGAGUGCGGGUUCGCACAAGAUGUCAGCGAUUACGGCCAUAUCUUGAUGGUGACGAGCGGCAUUGGGAUUGCUGCUCAACUACCCUACAUCAAGGAAUUGCUACAGAGGCGCCACCGGGCGGAGGUACGCACACAAAGGAUAUCUUUGGUCUGGCGAUUGGAUCGGGCAGGAGAUUGGGAAAGUGCCAGGGAUUGGUUGCAGCAGCUAGUGGAGCAAGAUAAGGGUUACAUGUUGGAAGUUACAGUCUACAACCCACCGGACGACAACUCGGUUCAACAAUCUCAUACAGUUGGCGAGCACAAACUUAUCACCAUCAUCGAUGAUGAGGUGAGCUGGGAGCAGGUAUUCCUGUCAGAGAAGGCAAAACAGAAGGGAAAGCUUCUGGUCACAGGUAAUGAAUGGUCUUUUACGUUUAGUGGAUGA